AUCACUGACGCCGAGGGAGUAGUCUGACAGCACAAUGAUCAAAUUGCUCGAGAAAUUACCGUCUGAAGAAUGCCCUAAACUCAUACACAGGGUGGUGGAUGAGGUGUGUGGACGCAGCGGGCCGAGUAGAUCAGACUACAGUGACCGCUGGAGUCUGACAGAAUGGCUGGAGUUAAUGAACAGUCUCUCCUCUCUCAUCCGCUUUGCUGUAGGAAGGGGCUGCUCGGAUCAAGAGAUGCAGACACUGCUGAGUGAUUUGGACCCGACACACACAGAGGCUGUUCUCCAGUGUGUGCGCUCCAGAUUCGAGGAGAUCCGACGGGCUUUGGUGGACAGAACCAAUGGCAUCUCUAGCACACAGCUACGUGACUUUAACUGGCAGUUAAAGCUGGCAUUAUCAAGCGACAAGCUGUCGGCUUUAAACACCCCUCUGCUAAAUCUCAGUCUGGACCUGAAAGAGAACGGCAUUCAGAGAUCGGUGAAUAUAGAAAUGAAUAAAGAGGAGCUGCAGACUCUCAUCAGUGCGCUAGAGGCGGCUAAUAAGGUGGUGCUGCAGUUGAAAUGACGAUACCAACAAGUGCAUUUCCUUACAAAUGUGAUUCUGUGCCAUCAAACUUUCAUAGAGAGGAUGUCCUAUCUCUGUAUUAGGAGACAAUAUCUUUAUGUGGCAGAACUGGGAACUCGUGAGGAGAUAAUGAACAGUUCAAAAGACUGAAGGUCUGAGGAAAAGCUCCAUCAAUAUGAACUAGUGCUGACUCGGGAAUUGCCUGUUUAGCCUUUUGAAGCUGAGGAUUUUGGACACAUAAAGAGAAAGUAAAUAAAUGUACAUAAAUCGUGGUUUCACCCCACAAAAUGUUGCAUCGCAUUUCUAAAUAAAGUAACUAAAAACAACGCA